GCAGUCCAAGAAGUGGGUGUACACGUCGACGAGUGGGGUACUUGUCCCAUGUGAGUGAAAUGAAAAGUGAACUGAAAACAAAUCCAAAGUCAAACAUAGUCACACGGUUUCCAGAGACGGGUACCACGGUACUGCAGUACUGUCCGAAAUUGGAGUACGAAAGUUUGCAGCAGCGAUCCCGGUCGGGAUAACGGGCAACCGCGACCUUUUUUCAGUGUACUGCACGGUACACAGUGCGUACCGCGGGUACCACCUACAAUUUCCGGUGAUUUCGCGCGCCUUGAAGACUGUGUGUUUUUGUUUGUCGCCUAGGGACUGUCGAUCCAGAAGAUGUGAAAGCACCUCCUCACAAUGUCCCUCCUCAACUACAGUGUGCCAUCCCCAUACUUUGGGACCCCAAAUCCUGCCACAAACUUCUACCAACCACCGCAACCAUCGGUACUACCACCUUUUCCACCCAAUGUACAGCCUUACCACUACCCACGUCCACAAAAGCCAUUUCUAGAGGAAGAAUUUCCUCCACCUCAAUACAGAGGACAUCACACAACUCCCCAAAGUACCCCAUCACCACCUCCCCCCAGCUUAGGCUACCCUUACGGCAUUCCCACGGACAAUAACAGUGGUACUACCCAUGUGCAUCACAAUACUCACCACCACGGUGGACCUCCAGAAGCUGAUUAUGACUAUGGUGACGAGGAUUCUUCGUUGGUACCACCUGUGACUCCGAUCCAAGGGCCGAUUUACGUCAAGAACGGUUCGGUACCAGUGGUACCGUUGUAUUCCUACCCCGUUUUGAACAAUGGUACUCUGGUCCAGAUUCCGAUACUUUGGACGGCCCUGUCAGUGGCCCUGGGUUUAGAACUAAGAGGCGAAUAUAUCAGGGGAGUACCCUGCCUUGUAAGAAAUUUCCAACUGUUUUGUCCAAGAGCUGGUAACACAUAUCCACUAGAUCGAAUCGAACUAUUCAUAGAUGAGAAUAAAGCCCUGAUGAAGAGAAUGUAUGGAGAGUUUGACAUGGGCAUAUUUCCUAAUGGCCCUACAGGCAACAAAAGAAAGAGAUCCACCAAACCAGGAGUGCCAGAUCUACAUUUCGACCCUGGCCCUGAGCCCCUCAGGGGGGCCGACUCCUUCUUAGGAAAGAUCAGAGCCCCCAGACAGACAUUUAGAAACAACCAGAGCUCCGAGACCGGAAAGGUAGAUGCAUGUCAGAGUAAGGUGGAAAUUAUAACACCAUACUGGGCAUCCAAUUCUGCUGGAAAGAUAAGGGCCAUAGUCAACACACAGCAUUUUGAACAAGCCAUUCAUCAGGAAACCUGCGCAAAGGUUCGUACAAACCGAUGCUCUGGAGAUUGUGGCUGUGAACAGAAAUACAAAUGGCAUCGACUGUUAGCCUACGAUCCAGACAACGACUGCAAGGGUAUCUUUAUGGAUUGGUUUCUGUUUCCGUCCUGCUGUGUUUGCAGAUGCAACCCCAACUGAGAAACGACAAGACAAGUAGCAAACCAGUUCCACACUUAGGGACUGCCUGUUUCCUUUUAAUAAUUAUUAUUUUCUCGAUAAUCGUUACCAUAUCAUAGGAUUCACUCUAGUUACCAUCGUUUAAGGCUCAUUAUUUUAUUUAUAUUCUCGUUUUUUGUAUAGUUAAGUUUUAUACUUUUGUAAUUCUUUUAAUUGUUAGAACCUGCCAUUGUAGACCAAUUUUUUAGAAAUAAAUACUCGAAUAUC